UAGUAGUAGUAGCAACAGUGAACGGUUCACUACAGAAUACUAAUAAGUAUAAUACUGGCCGCCGUAAAAAAACGUAAAGAAGCACACGAAGAUUACGAGCGAUGAUAGCUGCUGUUUUGCUUCUCAGUACGCUAUUAAUUAAAAAGAUUGUGUAUUUUUUCAGAUUAUCCAAUUGUAGUUUCUCUUGUAGAAGAAAGGAGAGUGAAGUAUCUAUAUUGAUGAUAAUUUCGCACCGUAAACAUAAAUAGUGACACUGGAAUUGGAGUGAAUACAGUGAAGCACCAUGAAUUUGCGUUGCUUUUUGUACAAUAGAUCCCGCUGAAAUAUAUGCCAGUGCUGAUACGGAUGGGUAUAUCCAGGCGAUAGGAGGGAAAGUAGCUUUGACAUCGACGACGACGACGACGAAAAACUUUCCAAAAAGAACGGGAAAGUUUGUGGCGUGAGUAAGUGCGAAACAUUGCGGGAGAGUGAGAAGUCAGCGACAGCAAAAUCAAGAGAGCAUCUCGGACUCGGGCCGAAAUAGUGACAACAAAAAGCAUGCAUGCUUGCGGAGAAUGGGUUGCAGCUUUGUUUUGUUUGAUGCUGGGUAUCGAGAUUCGGUGUAUUAUGAAAGAAGAAAUUGACAUUUGAUAGGGGUACCGUUCUUGGCCCAGAAUUCUGUGAUGGAUAUUUGUUGUAAACUUCCUCAAUACUAUUUGCGUGGAUUGCCUCAUGUCGGUAUCAAGUUAUAGGUUUUCUAACCAAUAAUCAAAACGUGUAUAAAAACAUCGAAUAAUAUUUACAACUGUUUCUUUUAUCCAAUUGAGGAUUCAUCAAAACAUACAGAAAAGACAAGAAAAGACGAGCACUUUUUACAAGCAAAGCAAGCUGUCAUUUAUUUUCCGGUUAGUGACGCUGAUUCCGAUGUUUGUUUUGUUUUCUUGGACGGUUCCAUCGAUGUCGAAAUUGUCGCAUUGAUACAAAUACGAUUUUUGUGGACAUUCCAAUGCAUGACUUGAGAUCUCUGUAGCAAUGGAAUCAAAGUUCAGUCAUCGAUAGAUCUCCUAUUUAUUUGCUACCCCUCGCGAAGGUUCUGUAACUAAACAUAAACAUGUGAAUAUGUGAACAUCAGUCGAAUCUUUAUAGACAGAAUUCGUAAUAACUACUUCCAAACCAAAGAUGAUGGAGUUGCCUUUUCUUCCUCGGGAAACGCAUUUUUUUUCAAGAACCUAAACGCCUCUCAUUAAUGCUUCGAGUCGCGGGUCGAAAUGUGCAGGAGCGCGAAUGGUACAAUCUGACGAACGAAUGCGAGGAGACUGAAACGACGUUGGAGCUAGAGAACCACAAAGCAGUUGCUCUCUACAUCAACUCAUCUCUACCACCAUAGGUGCCCUCCGUUUGGAUGGUGGAUGGCCGGUGAAGGCGGCAACAAGCUGUGUGCAAAAUGGAUGAUCUGGAAGCACAAGGAGAUUCGGAGGAACAUCCGCGUGUGAUAAUCCACGUAGAUAUGGAUUAUUUCUACGCCCAGGUCGAGGAGGUACUUGACCCUAGCCUGAAGAACAAGCCGGUGGGAGUGAAGCAGCGAUUCAAUGUGGUGACUUCCAACUAUAUUGCGCGGGAGUACGGCAUCAAGAAGAUGACGCUGAUAGCAGAGGCGAAGAAGCUGUGUCCCGAUCUGGUGCUUGUUAAUGGAGAAGAUCUGACAAAGUAUAAGCAAAUGUCCGGUAGAAUUAACGAAAUCAUGCACAAAUUCACGCCCAACGUCGAGAAGCUCGGUUUGGAUGAGAAUUUUUUGGACGUCACCAAGGAGAUAAACGAGAAGCUUGAGCAGGGUGUCUGUCCGGAAGAAACGCAGCGGGUGGAGGGUUUUAUACAUCCGCCGGUUGAAAACACGGAUUUGUCGGACCGAGAAGCAUUCCAAAAAUCAUGCGGUUGUGGCUGUGAUCGAAGGCUUAUUCUUGCAACGCAUAUGGCGCAGGAAAUUCGUGACUGUAUUUUCCGCGAACUUGGUUUGAAAUGUUGUGCAGGCAUUGCUCAUAACAAACUGUUGGCAAAGUUGGUUGGUGGAGUUCAUAAGCAGAACAAGCAAACUGUGUUACUGCCGGAUUGUGCGUCUAGUUUCAUGCGAUCCCUCGGUUCAGUUAAAAGCAUAACAGGGAUCGGCGAGAAGACGGCCCAAAUUCUUGAAGAAUGUGAUAUAAAAACGGUAAACGAUUUACAAGCCGUUCCAUUGGAGCAACUCGUGAAACGUUUAGGCCAAGAGCAGGCUAGCAGACUUAAGGAAAUAUCAUUCGGAAAAGACUACACCCCUGUGAAAGCUACGGGGAAACCUAAAUCCGUAGGAUUGGAAGAUUCGUGUCCUGCUAUUUCAAUCCGUGCGGACGCAGAAGAGAAGUUCCGACAUUUACUCGUUCGAUUGGUGAAAAAUAUAGCGGACGAUGGUCGUAUUCCUAUAGCCAUCAAAGUAACUGUCCGGAAACACGAUUCCGCGAAAAAGACGAGUCAUCGUGAAUGCAAGCAGGACAAAAUAUUGCCUUCGAAUUUCCGGCACAAGGACGGUAAGUUGGUCCUCACCGAAGGAGCCCAAGACAGAAUUCUCGGCAUUGUAAUGAAGUUAUUCGAGCGGAUGGUAGAUCUUCAACAACCUUUUAACAUAACUCUUUUGGGGCUCUCAUUUUUCAAAUUCCAAGAGCGAAAGGUCGGCACUAAAUCAAUUGCAAAUUUUCUUAUCAAGAAAUCAGAUAUCGAAGUUCAGUCAAUCACGAAUCUUAGCAAUGAGUCGUUGACCCUUAGUGAUAGUUUCACAUCGAAUAAAUCCUUCUCCAUCCCAAUGGAUUGCGAUCCAUCAUCUGGCGCUGGGAUGUCAGAUAGCGCUUCAUUGGCUUCUCAUUCAGGAUCGGAAUCGGAUGCUGAACCAUCACCCAAAAAGAGCCGACGGUUGGCAACAUUCCUUGUGCGUAAAAAUAGCAGUUUGAUGAUGGCCACUGAGGAAGAUUCCUCCUCCCCGAGUAAAUUGCGUGUGGCUGAUCUCCGGCUGAACUCGAAAGAAUACGACCAGGAAACUUGCAACGUAACUUUAUCCGACAUUCCAUCCUCCUCCAAAUCGGCUGGAUUCUUCAAAAACCAUCUUUCUUCGUCCACUCCUGCAAAGCCAUCAACCGUGUCGACAGUGAGCGUGAACAGCAGUCCUACUUGCACCGAUAACAACAUACCUUCAAGUGUCGAUCCAGAGGUAUUCAAUGCACUGCCAGCUGACGUACAGCAAGAGUUACUUCAGAAUUGGCGAAAGGGAAGUCCGAUCGCUUCCAGUUCCUCCACGCCUACCGCAACAAAUCCGAGCUCAACAUCAAAAAACACGUUACAUCGGUACUUCCUGAAGAACACAUAGCGGCGCUUCAUAGCGUCUCCAGGAUGAAAUCUGCGUUAUCAUCAUUAUCUCAAUACUUUUCAAGCUCACUUUCCGUUGUUGAAACCUUCGUCCAUUGCGUUCGGCUGUAAAUAUUUUAAUGUAUACUUGCGAUUUUGUUGGCCGUUUUCGAUAAGUACUUUCUAAAAAAAUAUAGCAGAGUAGAUAUAAUAAUCAAAAUAAGAAGGCACUGCUGAAAGACAUUACCUUGUAAAACAGAAACCAGGAAAAAUGAAAAAUGUCCAAAACAAAUACUUUUUGUACUACUCUUAUAUCGUGAUCAGAAAAAAUUUCAAUAAAGAUGAAAUCGUGGUCACACUUGGAUGCAAAGCAUCCAGGCAGUUCAUA